UAGUUGUCUAGUUCCCAAUAUUAAGGGGACUUUCCUCUCUUCUUACACCCAUCCAUCUGAUCUGCGGACAGUCCUCCAAAAAUGGCAGCCACUACUUCUCAUCUUCUCUGUUUAUCCACUCUUGUCUUGCUUCUCGGAACCAUCUCCUCCAUUCAGCAAGCCGUUGCAGUGGAGCCUAUUUCUCAGCUUAAGCUUAGCUCUCAGAUUCUUCAGGAGUCAAUUGUUAAGCAAAUAAAUGAAAACCCCAAUGCUGGAUGGCAAGCUGCCAUGAAUCCUAAAUUUUCCAAUUACACAGUUGGCCAAUUCAAGCACCUACUUGGAGUCAAAUCGACACAUAAAAAGGAAUUGCUAGGUGUUCCUGUUGUAACUCAUCCUAAAUCCUUAAAGCUGCCGAAACAGUUUGAUGCCAGAACAGCUUGGCCUCAAUGCAGCACCAUUGGAAGAAUUCUAGAUCAGGGGCAUUGUGGUUCAUGCUGGGCUUUUGGAGCCGUUGAAUCAUUGUCUGAUCGUUUUUGCAUCCAAUUUGACUUGAACAUAUCUCUGUCUGUUAAUGAUCUCUUGGCGUGUUGUGGCUUCAUGUGUGGAGAUGGUUGUAAUGGGGGCUAUCCCAUUAGAGCAUGGCGAUACUUUGUUCAUCAUGGUGUUGUCACUGAGGAGUGUGACCCAUACUUCGACAAUACUGGCUGUUCUCACCCUGGUUGUGAGCCUGGAUAUCCGACUCCAAAGUGUGUGAGAAAAUGCGUUAAUAAAAACCAGUUCUGGAGGCAGUUGAAGCACUAUAGCAUCAGUGCAUAUACGAUUCAUUCUAACCCGAACGAUAUAAUGGCUGAAGUUUACAAGAACGGACCAGUUGAGGUUGCCUUCACAGUAUAUGAGGAUUUUGCUCACUACAAGUCAGGAGUUUAUAAGCACGUAACAGGCGGUGUACUGGGAGGUCAUGCUGUCAAGCUUAUUGGCUGGGGAACUAGCGAUGAAGGCGAGGAUUACUGGCUGCUUGCCAACCAGUGGAAUAAAGGCUGGGGUGAUGAUGGCUACUUUAGGAUACAAAGAGGGACGAAUGAGUGUGGCAUUGAAGAAGAAGUUGUCGCUGGCUUGCCGUCGUCCAAAAAUCUGAAUCCUGUUAUAGAGGUGGCCAGUGCAGAUGCAGUGGUGGAUGCUUCACUCUAAUUUACCAUUUAUAGACAGUAAUGUUAUUUGCCUGCCUGCCUGUUCUAUAACAUAAAAAGAUGGUGUCUAUGCUGUCCAGGCAGAGGAUAGAAGAUUAGUGCCAUGGAAUAAUGGUAUUUGAUUGUGUGUAUCAGUAAUGCUGUGAUGAAUUUGUAUCAUCAGUAUUGAUAUUGUACUUGUUCCUGUUCCACAAGCAUGUUAAAUUUGGCCUCUUAGUGCUUUGGUAUAAAUAUACUUAUGUAUUCCCUGUUAGCUUUCAAUGGACCUAGUUAGUCAAUCAAUUUCAUUGUAACUUCUGUUUUUCUGAUAAACUAUCCAUUAAUGAGUAUUCUG